UAGAAUAGAGACACUAGCAGGUGUUGAAGAUAGGGAAAAUCAUUAGAGACCGGGUGGCACAAAACAACAAGGCAAUUAGGGGAAAGUGUGUUUAAAGGCAAAAGUAAAGAACAGAAAAGAGUCAGACAGAAACUCAAACAAUCUGAUUCUUUUUUAAUAAGCUGGAGCUCACUUAUUUUUCAGCUCUUUAUCCUCCUUGUUUCGUACGGAUUCUCCUUUCUCGAUCAUCCCCUUCUUCCUCCCGUUUGCCUCUCUGACAGACAGUGCCACCAUGGAAACUGGAAGCCCUAGGAAGAUACAGUUCACCGUCCCUCUACUGGACACCCACUUGGACCCAGAGGCAGCUGAACAGAUCAGAAGACGAAGACCCACGCCCGCCACUUUAGUGGCAUCCAGUGAUCAAUCAUCACCAGAAAUUGAUGAAGAUCGUCUCCCAAAUCAGCUGUACAAGGCAGCCUUGUUGAACUCUCCUCGGCAACGGCGAAAAGGGCAAAAGGGAACGCCUACAAUGAAAGAGCUACAGUUCCUGGUAGAGCACCACCUGUACAGGCAGCAGCAGGGAGCUGGAGACGAAUGCUCCUCAGAGAGCUGCCUGUCAGACCGGCCCAGCCCCGACUCUGUGCCCACGGGAGAGGAGCUCCCCCACGACGAUGAGGCCACUGCAGAGGCCUUUGAGAAACUGCGUUGCCAAAUGGAGGAGUUCUCGAGGGAGAGUCUAUUAGAGGCUGCCGGUGGGCUCGAGUGUCCCCUCACCAAGGAGAAAGAGGAUUGCUUCAGUGUUGCCAGUGUAGCAGAUCCCUUAUCGCAACAAAACAAUGCACAAGCAGAAACAAAAGCAGGAGUGAGUCAGCCGGCAGAGGAGAAGACAAAGAAAUGCAGCCUGAAGACAGAGAAAUAGAGCAGUCCUCUGUGCAACACAAUGCUGCUCAGUCUGCUCAGUCAGCCCUACACAAUGACAGAAGAUUGUGUCUGCAGAUUCACUUUUUCAAAACAUCAGGGCUUCAAUAUUCCUCUACGGCCAGGCCUUAGUUACCACCUUGAGAAAAAAAACAAAAGUUUCUACAUUUAUUUUGUGUCACAAAUCUUGUGUAGAGAGACAGUUGUUAUAAUUAUGUUUGUUUUUGUUAAAGCUCCCCCCGCACUAAAUUAAAACUAGCCUAUUGUAUCCCCCAACUGGGAUUUAUUAUCUGGUUAAUGGGACAAGCUUUCAUGUCUUACUCACACAUAUAUUAUCAUAAUCUGUCACAGGUUUAAUAUCCCGUUGAUUUAUCAAAGACAACAAAUAUUUUAUUUGCAAUCAAUGUAGACAUUUUCAAUCAAUUUAUACGUGCCAUGAAUUCAACAUUUAUUGUUCCAUCUCGUAGCAAUAAAAUAGCAUCAGAACCUUGUAAGUAACCAGAGGCAAAACCUUCAAUUUAAAUUCAAAUGCCGCCUCGUAUGAGCAACCAGAAAAGACAGAAAUAAAUGUGGGUUUAUUGAUAUUUUAUAGUAAACCUAUAUUUGGAUUUUUGAACAACUCGGUUGAUAUUUACAAAUAUUUUUAAGGCCAACUGCAAUUUUAUUUAUAUUAUUAAUAAUUAGUCGAUUAAACACAUGGAAGAAACUAGAAAGCCAUUUUUGAUCAUAAUUAUGAUUUCCUUUGGCUCCAGUGGGUCUCAAACUGUCGAGCCUGCCUGGUGGGGCAGACAAGCACGGUGUGUGGGUGGCUGUGAUUACCAAAGUUACAAAAUAAGGUGAAACUAAACUGACUGAAAAAUGUAAAAAGAGGCUAAUGACCGUUGAUCUGUAUUUUGUUGAGCUGUCAUCCUUGCUUGACUUCUGAAGGCGGGCGUUCC